CGCGAACCACGUUUGCACGUUGCGCCGACGUGUAUAGGUCGCGUCGCCGCUACCGCGUAUCGCCCGCUCGCACCUACCGACGCCCCCGCCGCGACGCUCAGCGACGGACCCGCCCACUCGCAGGUCUACGUCGAGGACGGGCUCACACUAUCGGUUUUUGAGGACUUACCGAGGGAUGACGUACUGUAUUUUGUGUAACUGAACUGUCACACCGAGCUUCAGAUCGAGUGCUUCCUGCCAUUUCACCACAAUCUUCCACUUUUUAAUCUUCCGAGUACAAUGUGGUCGGGACUUAAUUGUAUAUAGUGAUAGUGCGGUACUUGUGGUGUACUUUGAAUCAAGGAUUUUGUUAGCAGCAUGGAGGCCAACAACUUGCUUCUAGUGUUCCUACAGCUGCUUGGUGCUGGACAGAUCAACGCAGCGAUAUCUAAAGGAACCGGGGGAUCGGCCCAGCCGUCUCCGUGGUUAUUCUACCUCCUACAGCUACUGAUGCCAAGGUGCCCUCCCCAGAAUCCGAGGGGCGAUUGCUGCCUUCCGAAGAAGAUGGGCGGGAUUCUGAGCUUAUCGCUCUACCCGCCUGGGAGCUGUAUAGUAUGGUAUAAGGAUAAUAAGAUUGCCAAAGUUUCUAUCAAGUGCGGCGGUGGAGAAUAUGCAGAGAUCGUCUACAUAUAA